GACUUAUAACGAACAAGUUUGAAGUUGUUUAUAUGGUUUUGCACGUGCUUUUAAUAUGAAAGAAUAUUUUAUUUUUCUUUGAUAUAAUCUUAACAAGAAAUUUUGCUUUUAUUAUACAAAGUGGACCAUAACAAGUACACAUUUUAAGAAAUAUAUUGACGUAAUCAUAAUUUAGAGAUAAAAACACGUGUAGUGGAUAAAAUAAUUAAAAAGAAAUAUGAGUGAUUUUAGUGAUGACUCUUUUUCACUUUCUGUUGAUAAACAGAAAUAUAAAAAAGUUAUAUAUCAGAUUUUACCAAAAGUAUCUAAUAGAAUGGAUAAAACUACGAAAGAUAUUUUAAAAGUGACAAUUAUUGGUUCUCAAGACUUUUCAUUAAAACUCACUGAUAAUUCUGUGAUAGAAGAUACUCAAGAUAUUUUUCCUGAUAAUAAUGAUAGAAGUACAAACGAAAAUGAUGUUAUUAUCAUUAGCGAUUCAAGCUUUGAUCAUAGUUUAGAUUAUUUUGAUAAAAAGAAGAUUAUUUCCCCUGUAGUACCAAAAGGCACUUAUAAAAGUAUAAUAAGAUCAAAAAAUUAUGCUUUAGAAAUCUCUAAUAAUUCAGAUGAAGAUGGAAGUUUCACUGAAAAAUGGAGAAAUGUAUCAGUGAGAAAUAAUGAUUUUAAUAAAUUUUCUAAUCGUAUUAAGAUAACUAUUUCACAAGAUAAAAAUUCAUUUUACACUUCCGAUGAUAGUUUUACGAAAAACAGUACAUCAAGUUCUGAAUACAAUAAAAAUACUAAUGCAUCUGAAAAUAAACAUGUUAGUUCAACACCAACAAAUAAACAACGUAAUGAUGAAAAAUCGAACAAACAGAUACAAAAUAUAUCGGAGAAAAAAGAAAAUAUAUAUACUCCUGUUUCGAAUUUAAACUUAUUAAAUAAAUUGACUAAUAAUAAUAGUAAUAGUAGUAAUAAUAAUACUAAUGAUUCUAAGAAAUCAGAAACUUGUGUACAAAUGACAAAAGGUGAUCUAAAUAAAAUAUUUAAAAAUAUACAGUCAACGAAAGCUGUUUAUGAAUCUCCAAAAACAAAAAAAACCAAUGACGCUGUAAUUGAUGAAACUUUAGAUGAUGAAAUGCAUCCAGCUUUAUUAAGUGAUGAUAAUUUAAUAAAAAAAUCUAAUAAGUUACCUGCUAUAAUAAUAGAUGAAACCCCUUCAAAUUCUGAUAUCAGAAAUCAAUCUACUGAAAUAAACACAGUAACUCCAGCUAAAAUACAUAAUCAAUCUGUUGAUUCUCCUAUAGAUAAUCAAGUAAAAACUCUAUCUGAAAGAAAAAAAAAAGAAAUUUCAAAUUGGCUUAUGACGAGUUUACCACGAUUUCAUAGUGACAAUUCUUCAUUCAACAAUGUACCUGCAAGCAAUAAAAAUAGUAUAAGUUCUGGAAACAGUAGUUUAGAAAGAUUGGAGAUGAAAUAUGAAACUCCGAAUAAUAGAGGAAAAAUGGAGUUUAAAAAUAUUGAUAAUUAUAUUACUCCAUUAAAUACAAAAAUUAGUCCUAUAGUAUCAUAUAAAUUUUUAGAAAAACCCGAUCCUCCUACACUUGCAAACGUUCUCCAGGAAAAUAAUCAAUAUGAAAAUAAAGAUAAAAAGGAAUUUAAUAAUAUGAAUGUUAUGCAAUGUACCGAUAUAUUAGAUAAGUUAUAUGGUCAAGUAUGGAGAAAUAAAGCAGGUGAUUUGCUUUCAACUCCAACAGAAAAACAAUCAAUUGUUAUGGAAAGAGAUAGAACUAUACAAAAGGAUAGAAAAGCUACAAGAAAUGAGCAUUAUUUAAUAAAGACGGCAGAUAAACAGAAUAUAUCUAAUACAGAUAACAAAGUAAGAUUAAUAAAUCAAAGACAAUCUAAAUAUAAUACUUCUUCCUCUGAGAAUGAAAGUGAAUGUUCGUAUUAUACUGCUCUAACAAAUCCACAAGCAUCAAAUAUUGUAUCUGAUAAACUUAAUACUAUAUCGUCUUCUGUUCAAAGAGAUAUUAAAAUAUGUGAUUCUGAUAAAAAAGACAAAGGUAAUACUAAUUGUGCAGUACAGAAAGUAUCAGAUAAGAAAAUAUCAUCACUUAACAAUAAAGAAAGCAGUUCUGAUACAAGUGAAUUUGAUCCAGGUGAUGAUAUUACUGAAAAACGUGUACAUAAAAGAGAAAAUAAAUUUUCAGAUAUAUAUGGAAAAAAGAAAAAUUCAACAAGGACAACAAAAAAUAAAAAUCAUCUUCCAUCCAUAGAAAGAAAGAAAAAGAAAACAUAUAGUUUCUUAGCCUCUUUAUCUGAUUCAGUACCUCUGACUAUUGCUCAUCCAGAUGCAAAAAAAUAUAGGCAAUCAUAUAAAAAGAAUAAAGAAGAGCUUUGCAAAUAUUUGUAUAAAUUAUAUAAUGAAAAUAUUUUUGAUAAAAUGUUACCUGAAGAUAUGAUAAUAGAAUGGAAUGUUCGUAUGAGAGAAGUAGCUGGUUAUUGUCAUAAUAGAUCAUAUGUAAAUCCUCAUUCAGGUAUUUACAGAACUGCAACAAUAGAACUAUCAACUAAAGUUUUAGAUGCACCCAAUAGAUUAAGAGAUACUUUAAUUCAUGAAAUGUGCCAUGCUGCUUGUUGGAUAAUAAACGGCGAGUCAAAUGGUCAUGGAUAUUUAUGGAUAGCGUGGGCUAACAAGGCCGUGGAAAUAUUCCCUGAGCUUCCUCCCAUUCGUCGUUUCCAUGAUUAUGCAAUUAAUACAAAAUACAAGUAUAAAUGUAUGGAAUGUGGAUUGAGUAUUGGAAGACAUUCAAAGUCUUUAGACAUUGAAAACAAACGAUGUGAAUGUUGUAAUGGUAAAUUUGAAUUAUUCGUCAACAAAACAACGAAAUCUGGUACAGUCCAAAUGCAAACACCAAAAAGAGAACCAUCUGCAUUUGCACUUUAUGUAAAAGAAAAUUAUAGUUCUGUGAAAAAGAACAAGAAUUUAAACCAUGCAGAGGUGAUGAAACUUUUAGGGAAAAAGUUUUCAGCAAUUAAAAUAGCAAAGGAAGAUGAUAAUAAUGCUGAUAAUGACAAAGAUUCAUUUGAUUGAAUAUAUAUUCAUUUUAUAGAAAGUCUUAUGUGAAAUUAUGUAUAUCAUAAUCACAUAUUUAAUCUUACUAUUGCAGGCACGUCAAUGUGAGAUAUGUUAAGUUAUAUAUACAAAAAUGAACUAGAUCAUAGUACAUAAAGACACAUGUUUUUACAUAAGAAUUAAAACGCGAUCAUUGUAUGUAAACUUAUAAAAAAAUAUCGUAAUAAAGAAUACGCAAGAUUUCCU